AUGAUGCCUCAGAUUCUGCAAAAUACCUUUCUCCUGUGCCUAGGCACACUCGGUUUUCUCAAAGCAAGCUAUGCCAGUCCAACAAAGCCAGCUGGGUUAAUCGACCUCGGAUAUGCCAAGCAUAUUCCAACUUACGUCAACACAACCGAGUCCGGCCGUAAUAUCUCCGUCUAUAAGAACAUACGCUUUGCUAACUCGCCGACGGGCGACCUCCGCUUCCGUCUUCCGGAUACCAACAUCACCGACAUCGAAGGGGUACAAGACGGCAACUUCCCGCCUGCAACCUUCGACUGCAUCUCAUCUGCCCCCAAAGAAGCCCCGUUCCCACCGCUCAACGGGACUACUUGGGGCCAGGAGGACUGCUUAUUUCUUGACGUAUAUGUUCCUGACAACGUGAAGCCUGGUGAUAGUGUACCAGUGCUGCAUUUCUUUGUCGGCUCUGGGUUUGCCUUUGGGAGCAAGGAUAUCUUUGUUUUACCGAAUGGCCUGUUUGACGUGACUGACGACGAGAACAAGUUCAUCUUUGUGGCCAAUAACUACCGACUCGGCAUACCUGGUUGGUCUUACCUGCCGGGAGAAGACAUGGUCGCCAAUGCUGGGAUGCACGAUUGUCUCGCCGCAGCAGAAUGGACAUCAAAGUAUAUUUCUCGAUUCGGCGGUGAUCCUGAUCGAAUUACGGCCAUGGGCCACAGUGCCGGUGCGGGUAUCAUUGGUCUUUCCACGGUACUGAACGGUGGAAAAGGGACGCCUCCUCCGUAUAAGCAGGCUGUGGUCGCAUCACCGGCAAUCCCUCCACGACGGAAUGUCCUCGAUAGACAGAAGAAACUCUUUCAAACCAUUGUUUCUCAAGCGAACUGCACAUCCCUCGAGUGUCUCCGGUCCGUGCCCGAGGACACCAUCGCCUCUAUAAAUAACCACUUCAUCAAUCAAGUCAAGUCGGAUGCCGGCGGUGGUCUCUUUGGCCCGAGUCCCGGAUUCGGCCCUACUGUGGACUUCGAGUACAUCCCCGACAUGCCCCAGAUUCUGUUCGAGCAGGGAAAGUACCACAAGACGUUUACGUCGUUGAUAGUCGGGAACACCGCGAAUGAGGGGAUGGGUAUUAGCAGCGACCUGGACGACAUCGAUGGAGGAUUCAGGACCCUAGUUCGGCAGAUAUUCACGACGGCUAGCAACGAAACCAUUGAGUACAUUCAGUCGCACUAUGAUUACGCCGAAAACCCCGCCAAGUUGGCCUGGGACUGGACAACGGAUGUAAUCUUCGGCUGUAACGCCGCCAAUAUCGCCUCGGCGUUUAAAGACGUUGCGAGCCGGUACCUGUUCUCGGCCCCGCCAGCGACGCAUGGCCAGGAUAUGCUUUAUUUCUUCUAUAUCGACCAGAAUAACACUCCAGUGGAGAAACCCGGAGAUGCCAAGGCAUAUCAGAAGAAUCUGUUGGAGUUUGUCUACGGCCGCGAGAUUGACUGGCCUGUUCUUGGGGAUAGCAAACAAAUCACCAAUAUGACGGGCGAUGGAUAUGGGACCGUUGCCCUCCCGGAGGACCUGGAGGCGCGAUGCAAGAUGGUCAAUGAGAUUUCGCAGGAUCCUGAGAACGGUGUGUGA